AUGGCUGUCAAUUACAUGGGAGGGGCAAAUGCCCAGAUCUCUCGCAUUCGCCGGAAACAGGAGACCAAUGCCUUUCCAGUGAGGCCCAGUGACCGUAGAGACCCAGCCAGUUCACAUGCACCGUUGGGCUCUUCUCUCGAUGAAGCACAUUCCAGUAAGACUCCAGUCUCGGUCGUCACACAGAGAUUACACGCUUACAUGGAGCAAAGACAGGACUCCAGAGACCACCAAGGGCAUAAGCCUCUCCGAACACUCGCGCAGCAGCAGUCUUCCAUUGAUCGACAGCAGUCUUUCCUGCCGAACCAUCUUGACCAUGCCAUUGACCUCUCUGAGUACGAGCUGGGCAAGCAACGAAGCCUAGAACAGAUCGAUGCUGUCUUCGAUGACCUCUUCAAGCGCAAGAGUCGGCGGCACAGACAUUCGCAUCGGAGCAAACGUAUACUUUCCUCGCAUGACAUAGCCACUCCUGCGUCCAGCAGGCUAGACACGCAGCCUGAGGAGCAGAAGGUAGAGACAUAUUCGCCCAUCGUAGAUCUACCAGCAAGGCAUGCUGAGCCUGACGUCCCCGUCAUUGAAGAAAGGCAAGAAGCGAUCGCUGCCGAUGUGACUCGCUUCGAGAAGUCGAUGAAGGGACUGUUCAGCAAUCUGAGGCAGCCGAGUACAGACGCUACAGCGUCUAUUUUCGCUACCUCUGCUCUUGCCUCCCCAUCAGACUCCCCUCAGCCGGCAGCAGCCAUUGCAACACCCCCGCGAUUGUACACUCCGGUCGCUCUACCUCUUCCACCACCCGCCUUGAUACGAAGCUCGUCGCAUCUGAACGAUGAAGUUCAGCGAUUGGAAGGCCACUUGAUGAAAGCAAGGAGACUACUGGAGAAAGAUCUGACGAGCACUUGGCCAACAAGAACGGGCUUUAACACAUAG